CAUUAAGCGGAGCAGACCAAAAUCCCAAACAAGGAAAUGGUGGGGGAAUAAACCGACCAGAUUAUUUAAUUAAUGCAUGUAAUAAUUAAUAUUUUAUUUUAUUGUAAAUUACGACCUAUUUAUGGGUUAGAAUGGAUUACGACUUCAAAACAAAGCUGGCUGCCGAGCGAGAAAGAGUAGAAGAUCUGUUCGAAUAUGAAGGUUGCAAAGUGGGUCGAGGCACCUACGGGCACGUUUAUAAAGCUAAGCGCAAAGACGGGAUAGACGAGAAGGAAUAUGCACUGAAACAGAUAGAAGGCACUGGAAUUUCAAUGUCUGCCUGCAGGGAAAUUGCACUGUUACGGGAAUUGAAACAUCCAAACGUGAUCGCCCUACAGAAAGUGUUCCUGUCCCACAGCGACAGAAAAGUUUCGCUCCUGUUAGACUACGCUGAACAUGACCUUUGGCAUAUUAUCAAGUUCCAUCGUGCCUCCAAGGCCAACAAAAAGCCCAUGCAACUGCCCAGAGGGAUGGUGAAAUCGCUUCUGUAUCAGAUUCUGGAUGGGAUCCAUUACCUCCAUGCCAAUUGGGUCCUACAUAGGGAUCUGAAACCAGCUAACAUCUUGGUAAUGGGAGAAGGACCUGAACGAGGAAGGGUUAAAAUCGCUGACAUGGGUUUCGCAAGACUCUUCAACUCUCCCCUCAAGCCACUGGCUGACCUCGACCCUGUGGUGGUGACCUUCUGGUAUAGGGCUCCCGAGCUACUCUUAGGGGCCCGGCACUACACCAAAGCUAUUGAUAUCUGGGCUAUUGGCUGCAUCUUCGCAGAGCUGCUAACGUCAGAGCCCAUUUUCCAUUGUCGCCAGGAAGACAUCAAGACCAGUAACCCCUUUCAUCAUGACCAGCUAGACAGGAUAUUCAGCGUCAUGGGUUACCCAGCAGAUAAAGACUGGGAAGACAUCAGGAAGAUGCCUGAAUAUCCAACGCUUCAAAAAGACUUCAGAAGAACAACAUAUGCAAAUAGCAGCUUGAUCAAAUACAUGGAGAAACAUAAGGUCAAACCGGAUAGCAAAGUUUUCCUGUUGCUCCAAAAACUGCUAACAAUGGACCCUACCAAAAGAAUCACAUCAGAACAAGCACUUCAGGACCCCUACUUCUUGGAGGACCCUUUACCAACCACUGAUGUGUUCGCUGGGUGCCAGAUUCCAUACCCAAAGAGAGAGUUUCUCAAUGAGGAUGAACCAGAGGAGAAGACGGAAAAGAACCAGACUCAACAACACCAGCAGACAACAGGCCAGAACCAGACGCAGAACCAGCAACAAGCGGCGACCCAGCAGGCCCCAUCUCAGCAGAACUCAACUCAAACCAAUGGCACUUCUGGGGCUACGGUAGCCAACGCUGGCGGGGGUUUACACGGGCAGGACCAGGGCGGACCAAAUAAAAAACCUCGUAUAGGGCCCUCUGGUACCUCUUCAGGCACCGGAGUGCUCCAGUCAGAGUACCAGCACUCCACUUCCCGCCUUGGUUACCAAAGCACCCAAGGUCCCAAUCAGCCACAGAGCACCAUGGGAUACACCUCGUCAUCCCAACAAAGCUCCCAGUACUCCCACCAGACCCAUCGUUACUGAAGCUCCGGACCACUCCCGAACCAGCAGAGGGACGGACCUCCUCUCUCUCUUCUAACCUCUACAGAUGUCAUCAUUGGACGCAAGCAGGAAGCGGCUCCUCAUCCCGCUUCUCGAGGCAUUACAUCAUUCCAGCGUUUUGACGUAUGGUAACAUGAAGGCAAACCAAUGGGUACCAAAAAAGCAAAUACUGCCUCUCCAGUCCAGUGACACAUUUACAUGUAAAAUAUAUGUGAAGGCGAUACACAUACUUCAAACUUAUGGCACUUAUAAAUACAACGUUCCUCUCGAGGAAGGAUUGCAGCUCCUAUAUUGACCGUAUAUCGCACCUUUUUCUAUUUGAUUUGUUAGUUUUGAAGCUUGAUGUCAAGUGUAAAUAUUACCUACGGAAGCCCUUUAGCGCAAUCUUUAGAUCGUGAAACGAAAACAAGCUUACCCUGUCCUUUUAAAAAGACCUUUAUUAUACAAACAGAAAGAUCAGCUCUUGGGCUGAUGAAAUUGCAGGGAAAUAUUGAACGUGCAAUUUAACUUCAUCAUGUUCUUCUACGGUUCCUAUAUUCAGAGCUCGAAUGUACAGAAGCAAAGUCUUUUGAAGUAUAGGGUAACAUGACAUCCCAUCAUGCACCCCAUUUCUCAACUCAAAUGUGCGCAUCAACGUACAGGGCAGCUAACGGUAAGCGCCUCCUUAUCCAAACCCACCUUUGUUUCAUAAGACUGUUACUGACUUAUGUCAAACUGUUUUUUUUUAUUUUUAUUUUUAUUGUUGCGGUGGGUGGGUUGGUCUUGGUGUUUUAUGCAUGUUUUACCUUUGACUCACUAGAAAUGCACUGACCGAUCUGCAAAAGAGCUGAAACAAAUGCUUGUGGGCUCCCUCCAAAGGACCCGUUGUGACACACUCAUGUUGAGCAUGAGCACAGGUUUGGUCUAGGUUUGGGUGUGUUCUUUAACACAACAUAAUGAGUGAUAGAUGCUGUUCUCCUGUCCUCUGUGAAUGACCAUGUGAAAGAUGGUCGCUCAUUGUAUUUCAGUGUUCGAAUCGCAUAUUUCUUUCGGGCUGCAGCUAUCGAAUAGUUUAGUAGUCGAUUAAUCGAUGGACUACUUAGUUCGAAUUAUUGAGUAAUCGGAUAAGGAACAUGAAAAAUUAAAAUACCUGAGCUGAGCCUCAAACUGAACAGUUUUUUUUUUUUUUAAUGAGGAUCUAUGGACAACAAAAUAACAAUUGGCUGACUUACAUAGAAAGUCUGCUAGUUUUAAUGCUGUAAAAUGCUAAAUUUUUUUUGCAAUGCUUUUAACAAAUUGUUCGGACACAUAUUCCCACAAAAAACGGCUUAAAAUACCUAUAUACUAAAUUCUGAAUGCAUUAAAAAACAUUAGCUCAAACAAAAACUUAGCUUACGUUGGUCUUAACAGGGACCAGUUGGAUUCAGCCAUGUGUAAAGAGCCAGACCAGAGAGCAGUGUAUCCACCCUAAUCAAUAAAACUAAAUGCAAACACUUUCAUAAUAAACCAUUACAACGCCACUUUAAUUAAACAAAUACACAAAGCAACAAAAAAAAAAAUUUUUUUUUUCUAAUCGAAUACUCAAGUUAAUCGAUUAUUCGUUGCAGCACUACAUUUCUUAGAUCUCUGAAAAUGGAGAAAAUAAUGUUUAAACAAAAAAAAUGAACACCACUUUUGAGUGCAGCCAUUUUGUCUUCUUAUGAAUUAAAAUAAUGCAGCUGCAGCAGGGUGUUGUUCGUCUUGUUUAAGAAGAACAUCGUCUUCAGGGUCAAGGUUCACUGUAAAAAAACUUGGUGGAAAGCAAAUAUUGGGCGUAUUUUGUUUUUCGACUUAAGUUUGGAUGAACUGACGUUGGAAAAAACGAAUUAAGGCUCCUUUUCCGAGACGAUUCAUUUCUAAUUUUUUGCUAAGUUUGAUGACCCAAUGACAGAUAAAUUUAUUUCAUGCAGUACAAGGGGAUCAAGAUUGCAAGAAUGAAAUAAAUUAAAAGUGAAAUAUUAAUAAAUAAAUAAAUAAAUAAAUAAUAACAUAAAAAUCGGGGGGGGGGCUGGCCAAAAGCAUUGGCACCCCUGCAGUUCUGGCAGAUAAUGCUCAAUUUCUGCCAGAAAAUUAUUGCAUUUUCAAAUGCUUUGGUACUAAUAUCUUCAUUUAUUUUGCCUGCAAUGAAAAACACAGAAGAGAAUGGGGGAAAAAAUUAAUCAUUAUCAUUUUACACAAAACUCCAAAAACGGGCAGGAAAAAGUAUUGGCACCCUUUGAAAAAGGAUGUGAUGCUUCUCUAAUUUGUAGAAUUAACAGCCCCUGUUAUUUACCUGUGGCACAUAACAGGUGGCGGCAAUAACUAAAUCACUUUUGCAACCAGUUAAAAUGGAUUAAAGUUGACUCCACCUCUGUCCUGUGUCCUUGUGUGUACCACAUUGAGCAUGGAGAAAAGAAAGAAGACCAAAGAACUGUCUGAUGACUUGAAAAUCAAAAUUAUGAGGAAGCAUGGGCAAUCUCAAGGCUACAAGUCCGUCUCCAAAGACCUGAAUGUUCCUGUGUCUACUGUGCACAUCAAUAAGUGUAAAGCCCAUGGCGCUGUGGCUAACCUCCCUAGAUGUGGACGGAAAAGAAAAAUUGAUGAGAUUUCAACGAGAGGAUGGUGGAUAAAGAACCUCGACUAACAUCCAAACAAGUUCAAACUGUCCCGCAGUCCGAGGGUACAACAGUGUCAACCCGUACUACCCGUCGGCGUGUGAAUAAAAAAGGGAACUCUUGGGUAGGAUACCCAGGAAGACCUUACUUCUGACCCAGAGACAUAAAAAGCCAGGCUGGAGUUUGCCAAAAGUUACCUGAGAUAGCCAAAAACGUUUUGGAAGAAUGUUCUCUGGUCAGAUGAGACAAAAGUCGAGCUUUUUGGGAAAAGGCAUCAACAUAGAGUUUACAGGGAAAAAAACGAGGCCUUCAAAAAAAAGAACACGGUCCCCACAGUCAAACAGGGCGGAGGUUCCCUGAUGUUUUGGGGCUGCUUUGCUGCCUCUGGCAUUGGACUGCUUGACCGUGUGCAUGGCAUUAUGAAGUCUGAAGACUACCAACAAAUUUUGCAGCAUAAUGUAGGGCCUAGUGUGAGAAAGCUGGGUCUCCCUCAGAGGUCAUGGGUCUUCCAGCAGGACAAUGACCCAAAACACACUUCAAAAAGCACUAGAAAAUGGUUUGAGAGAAUGCACUGGAGACUUCUAAAGACCUGAAUCCCAUAGAACACCUGUGGAGAGAUCUGAAAAUGGCACCCUUCAAAUCUCAGAGACCUGGAGCAGUUGGCUAAAGAAGAAUGGUCUAAAAUUCCAGCAGAGCAUUGUAAGAAACUCAUAGCUGGAUACCGGAAGCGGUUGUUCGCAGUUAUUUUGUCUAAAGGUUGUGCUACCAAGUAUUAGGUUGAGGGUGCCAAUACUUUUGUCUGGCCCAUUUUUGGAGUUUUGUGUAAAAUGAUGCAAACCUUUUCUGGGAGAAAUUGAGCAUUGUCUGACAGAAUUGCAAGGGUACCAAUACUUUUGGCCAGCACUGUAAAUUGAUAUUAUGCAGCUGCAGCAGAGUCUUGUUCGUCUUGUUGAAGAAGAAUAACGUCUUUCGCGUCAAGGUUCAUCGUAAAAGCAAACUUGGUGGAAAAACAAAUACUGGGCGUAUUUUCUUUUUUGACUUCAGUUUGGAUUAACAGAUUAAGGCUCCUUUUCCGUUAUUGAUUUACCAGUUUUUAAUUGGGAAACAGGAGACAAUUCAGUUCUCAUUUUUUGCACACAUAAAAACAAAAAACUGAAUUGGGCUCAGUUUUCCGUUUUUUUGUUUUCCAAAAUAAGAUGGAAAAACGAAUGGCCAAAAGGUACAACGACCACGCCAGCGCAAAGAGUUUGAUGAGCCAAUGACAGAUAAAAUUAUUUCAUGCGGCCACACGGGGAACAAGAGUGCAAGAAUGAAAUACUGUAUUUUCCGCGCUAUAACGCGCACUGGAUUAUAAGGCGCACCUUCAAUGAAUGACAUAUUUUAAAACUUUUUCCAUAUAUAAGGCGCACCGCAUUAUAAGGCGCAUAGAAUAAGCGCGACAGUAGAGGCUGGGGUUAUUUUAUGCAUCCAUUUUAUGCACUGUAUUUGACCAGAGCAUGUAUAAAGGCCCAAAACGCCUAUAACUAUACCUACUGCUUAUGUUGAAUUAUCAAACUAUAAAACUAUUUAUUCAAAAUUUGGGGGGGAAUUUUUUGUCUUUUUGGUCCCAAAAUGUUGAUUUAUAAUUGGUCAGGGAAGAAAACAAAGCAUGUCUCUUAUUAGGAGCCAUUUCAGCAUAUUUACACAAACACACAAAUGGAAACGAAACACCGUUUUAUAUAUCCCAGCAUGCCUACUUCUUCUUCGGGGGAAAAUGGCGUCUUCGGCGGCUGUGUGUGUGUGCGUACAAACAUGGCAAACAAGUAAGAUUUUGUGUAUUAUGAUGGAGAGAGUUAUUUGUGGGUUUCUUAUUAUAAUGGUGCAAUUUUAUAAGCCCGUUUUUGUUUGCAAAUUUGUAUAAAUCUGUCAAAAGAAAAGCAAAACAAAAAAACUUCCGGCUCAAUGUUGAUUCAUAUAUAAGGCGCUCCAGAUUAAGGCUUUUAGGUGCGCCUUAUAGUGCGGAAAAUACGGUAAAUAAAAAGUUAAAUACAUAAAAAUUGAAAUAAAUACAUAAAGUUAAAAAAAAAAAAAGAAAUGUUGAAAUAAAACAUAUAUAUAUAUAUUGGAAUAAAUAAAUGUUGAAAUAAUUAAAUAAAAAUUGAAAUAAAUGAAUAUACAUUGAAAUAAAUUAGGGCUGUCAUAAUUAUCGCGUUAACGGGCGGUAAUUUUUAAAAUUAAUCACGUUAAAAUAUUUGCCACACUUAACGCACAUUCCCUGCUCAAACAGAUUAAAAUGACAGCACAGUGUAAUGUCCACUUGUCACUUGUGUUUUUGGGUGUUUUGUCGCCCUCUGCCGGCGCUUGGGUGCGAUUGAUUUUAUGUGUUUCAGCACCAUGAGCAUUGUGUAAUUAUUGACAUCAACAAUGGCGAGCUACUAGUUAAUUUUUUGAUUGAAAAUUUUACACAUUUUAUUACAACGAAAACAUUAAGAGGGGUUUUAAUAUAAAAUUUCUGUAACUUGUACCAACAUUUAUCUUUUAAGAACUACAAGUCUUUCUAUCCAUGGAUCCCUUUAACAGAAUGUUAAUAAUGUUAAUGCCAUCUUGUUGCUUUAUUGUCAUUAUAAACAAAUACAGUACUUACGUACCAUAUGUUGAAUGUAUAUAUCCGUCUUGUCUUAUUUUUCCAUUCCAACAAUAAUUUACUGAAAAAUGUGGCAUAUUUGACAGAUGGUUUGAAUUGCGAUUAAUUAGGAUUAAUUAAUUUUGAAGCUGUAAUUAACUCGAUUAAAAAUUUUAAUCGUUUGACAGCCCUAAAAUGAAUAGAAAGUGAUAUAUGUAAAUAAAAAUAAAAAUAAAAAUUGAAAGAAAUAUUGAAAUAAAUAAAUAUUGAAAUAGAAGAACUUUCAUGACACCUUAAAUAAUGUGUUUAUAUUGUAAUUAUGUAUUAUUUGUUUAAUUUUUGCACUCCUGGUCCUCCAUAAUGGUCUGCUUGCCUGGUCCUUUUCCCACAUAGGGUAAUUUCCUUCCCCCUUUCGUAGAUGUCAUUUGGAGACUCAGUUGAAUAUUUUCUUGGGUUCUCUUUGUGUGGUAUUAAAUUUGGUUUGAUUAACUGAAACCUUUGCGUGUGAUAAAUAAACACCAAAUUAAAAAAAAAAAAAAGAAUACAA